AAACAACAUCCGGGUUGCGCCCUGGUGGCUAGUAUUCGUUUUGGGGAACGUCUCUUAUUGAUCAAUCUUAAUAGAGGUCUUACACGACGAAGAUUCAAAGAAUUGAACAUAUAUCUGUCUGCUAUCGUUCAUUAAAAGGAUAUCCAGUGGCUUUUGUUACUGACAAUACAGCAGAAGGAGACCAACAGCAAGUUCAGUACUGAUGUGACAGUGCCCCUCGAUUGUGGCCAUGAGUAACAGCCACCCUUUGCGACCGCUGGCCUCUGUGUCGGAGAUUGAUCAUGUGCACCUUCUGUCGGAGCAGCUGGGCGCGCUGGUGCCGGGCGAAGAAUACAGCGACGUCACCUUCAUCGUGGAGGGGAAGCGCUUCCCUGCGCACAGGGUCAUUUUGGCAGCACGCUGCCACUAUUUCAGAGCUUUGCUGUAUGGUGGGAUGAAGGAGUCUCAGCCCCAAGCUGAAGUCCGUCUGGAGGAGACGCGGUCAGAGGCUUUCUCCAUGCUGCUUCAGUAUCUGUACACGGGUAGGGCCAGCCUCAGCUCCGCCCGCGAAGAGGUGCUGCUGGACUUCCUGGGGCUGGCGCACCGCUAUGGCCUCCAGCCACUAGAGGACUCCACCUCUGAGUUCUUGCGUACUGUGCUGCACACCCACAACGUGUGCCUGGUGUUUGAUGUGGCCAGCCUCUAUUGCCUGAACACACUGAGUGCUGCCUGUUGCGCUUACAUGGACCGCCAUGCCCCCGAAGUGCUGGCGUCAGAUGGCUUCCUGACGCUGUCCAAGACUGCCCUGCUGACAGUGGUGCGAAGGGACUCCUUCGCCGCGAGCGAGAAGGACAUCUUCCAGGCCUUGUGCCGCUGGUGCCGACACAACGGAGAGAGCGCAGCGCAGGAAGUGAUGUCAGCGGUUCGCCUGCCCCUCAUGAGCCUGACAGAGAUGCUGAACAUCGUGCGCCCCUCAGGUCUGCUCAGCCCUGACGACCUGCUGGACGCCAUCAAGACCCGCUCAGAGAGCCGCGACAUGGACCUCAACUACCGCGGCAUGCUCAUACCGGAGGAGAAUAUCGCCACAAUGAAGCACGGCGCCCAGGUGGUGAAGGGGGAGCUGAAGUCUGCCCUGCUGGACGGAGACACGCAGAACUAUGACCUGGACCACGGCUUCUCCCGGCACCCCAUCGAGGACGACGGCCGCGCCGGGAUCCAGGUCAAACUGGGCCAGCCCUCCAUCAUCAAUCACAUCCGUAUCCUGCUGUGGGACAGGGACAGUCGGUCAUACUCUUACUACAUUGAGGUGUCCAUGGAUGAGCUGGACUGGGUGCGUGUCGUGGAUCAUUCCAAGUAUCUGUGUCGCUCCUGGCAGAACCUCUAUUUCCCAGCACGAGUCUGCAGAUAUGUGCGCAUCGUGGGUACGCACAACACUGUCAACAAGGUCUUCCACUUGGUUGCCUUCGAAUGCAUGUUCACUCACCGCCCCUUCACGCUGGAGAAGGGCCUUGUUGUGCCCAACGAGAACAUGGCCACCAUCUCGGCCUGCGCCAGCGUGAUAGAGGGGGUCAGCCGGAGCCGGAACGCCCUGCUCAAUGGGGACACCCGCAACUACGACUGGGACUCGGGCUACACCUGUCAUCAGCUCGGCUCUGGAGCCAUAGUGAUCCAGCUGGCCCAGCCCUACAUGGUGGGCUCCCUCAGGCUGCUCUUGUGGGACUGUGAUGACCGCAGUUACAGUUACUACAUCGAGCUCUCCACCAAUCAGCAGCAGUGGACGAAGGUGAUUGACAGGUCAAAAAUGGCGUGUAGGUCCUGGCAGACCCUGACGUUCGACAAGCAGCCCGCCUCCUUCAUCCGCAUCGUGGGGACUCACAACACUGCUAAUGAGGUCUUCCACUGUGUCCAUUUUGAGUGUCCAGCCCAGCUGGACGUGGAAGUUAAGGAGGGCAGUCCUGGGCAGGGCCCCCCUGAGGCAAACCCUGCACCCCAGCAGCCCCGCCCCCCUCGUCCCUCCCGCUCCCAGAGCCUGCUCCCCCCCCAGCCUUCGUCCCACCAGCCUUCCUCCUCCUCUCCCUCACACUCCCACCAUUGAGGGUCACUCCCCUGGAUGGAUCCCAGUCUCAGGCUCCGGGGGUGGAAUAAAAAUCCCAUGACUCCCUUUGCACAGGCUUCAGUUCCCAGGGUGCUCUAAACCCAUGCUGCUACGCGAUUCAUUCAUAAUGUAACAGGAGAAUGAUGGCAAUGAAGGUAACUGUGUCAACCAGUUCCAUUAUGCAGAGGUGAUUUUUCGAGAAACUCUGAUCUAAGGCACAUCACUGAGCCCCUCUCCAAACCAUGUGUUUGAUUUGACUAAAAAGGCGAUUUUAGGACAUGUUUUAGUCCAUUCGCCCUCACUGAAAAUAAUGUUCCUCUCUGGCUGUAACUGUCACACCCAGCUUCUCUUGCCUAGAAUAGAUCAAAGCACUGGGCAGUGGGUUUGUCUGGCCCCCUGCCCACUAAGUUGUCAUCCUGACUUUGAUCUGAGCACUACUGUAAUUAAUUUAUUGAUCCUUCUGCAUUAUGCAGUCUUAAAAAGAAGAACCCUUGGAAUAUUUUUUCAAAAUCUUUAACCCAAGAAUGCACUUUGCUUCUGAUUGGCACAAAUGUAUUUAAGAGGUAUAGGCAAAGAUUGGCAUUUGGGGAAAAAAAAAAAAAACAUUGUUCUCUGCUGUGGCUUUAAUGCGGCUUGAGGAUGUUUGCUGCACUUUAUAUGAAAAAUUUGACGAACAAUGUACCAAAUUUACACUGGAUCAUGAAGCCUUAUGGGGCUCUCUGCUGUGUUUAGGGGAAAGAAUUGAGUGGAUCAUCUGACCCCC